AUCGAUAUCCACAUCAGGAACGUCGAUGGCCGAACCGCUCUCCACAUCGCCGCGCUCAACAAUUGCGUCGGCGCCGUAAAACUGCUGCUGGAAUGGGACCACAAGCUGCUCAACGCGCGCGACAACAAAAACCGCACCGCAUACCUGCUCGCCGCCGCAAAAGGCCACGUCAAAGUGCUCGAGGUGCUCAAGAACAAGGGCCAAGAUAUGAACCAGUCGACGCUCAAAAACGGGUGGACUGCGCUUCAUCUCGCCGCCGAACUGGGCCGCGUCGACGCUGUCAAGUUCUUGCUCGAAAGCGGUGUC